AGAGAUCUCCAGAUCCACUCUUGACUCUUCUUCUUAUAUCUAAAAAAAGAAAAAGUCGUCUCUUUCACCUUAGUCUCUGUUGACCCUCUCCUCCCACCCUCACGGUUACGGCGAUUUCUUUGUUAUUUUCUAGGCCCCCAGUCCCCACCAUUAAUAUCAAUUGACUCUUCUCUGGUUAACAGAGUCGUCGCCUUACCCAUACUAGUCUCCCAAGUGCCAAGUCGUAGCUACCAUUUCUUUCUUUCUUUCUUUCUUUCUUUCAACAACCCCACCCCACGCCUAUCUAUCUGUAUUCCGGUCAGGAAUUCAUUGCGCGCUGAUCUACCAGAUCAUCUUCAUUUAAGCCUCCAAUAUCUUUUCCUUUUUUAUCUUUUAGAGGAUUAUUAUUAUCAAUCUUGAAAGUCAAAAUGAAUGAUCUUUUCUCUGGGUCUUUCUCUCGUUACCGAGAGGAUGAAUUGAGGUCGAAUAGCAACGCCGCUUCCAUCGAGAUGACCGCCGGCACCGGAGGAGUCAACCUCGAUAAGUUUUUUGAGGAUGUCGAAGCCAUCAAGGACGAGCUCCGGGAACUGGAGAACAUCUGCGCCCGUCUCAACGCCUCCAAUGAACACAGCAAGACUCUCCACAAUGCGAAGCAGGUGAAAGAUCUACGGGACAAGAUGGACAAGGACGUGUCCGUGGCGUUGAAGAAGGCCAAGUUCAUCAAGGUCCGCCUGGAGGCGUUGGACCGGUCCAACGCCGCGAACCGGAGCAUCGCGGGGUGCGGACCGGGGACCUCCUCGGAUCGGACCCGGACGUCGGUGGUGAACGGGCUGAGGAAGAAGCUGCAGGAGUCGAUGAACCAGUUCAACGAGCUCCGGCAGAAGAUGUCGGCGGAGUACCGGGAGACGGUGCAGCGGCGCUACUUCACGGUGACGGGGGAGAAACCGGAGGAGGCGGUGGUGGACAGGCUGAUCUCCACGGGACAGAGCGAGACGUUCCUGCAGAAGGCUAUACAGGAGCAGGGGAGGGGGGAGGUGAUGGAGACGGUGCUGGAGAUUCAGGAGCGGCAUGAGGCGGUGAAGGAGGUGGAGAGGAGUCUUAAAGAGCUGCAUCAGGUGUUCUUGGAUAUGGCGGUGCUGGUGGAGACGCAAGGGGAGCAGCUUGACGAUAUAGAGAGCCAGGUGAAUAGGGCUAGUAGCUUUAUCAGGGGAGGGGCACAGCAUCUCCAGGUUGCCAGGGAGCACCAGAAGAGUAGCAGGAAAUGGGCUUGCAUUGGAAUCAUCAUCCUUCUCAUUGUCAUCUUGAUCAUUGUUCUCUCUAUCCAGCCAUGGAAGAAAUCAAAAUGAUUGCUUUUCCUGUUAGUCAAAGUCAAACCUUCCUUCCUUCCUUUCUUGCCCCACCCACCCUUUUAAUUUUUCAUUUGCUUUUUCUUUCAUUUUCAUAAUUUUUGUUUUUUGGAUGGUUGGUUUAUCAUUAUUAUUACCAUUUCUUGAGAAUAUUGGAUAGUCACUAUUUGUCAGCUUUUACAC